GCAGCCGCCAUUGAGGGUUGCUAAGGCCCGGGGUCCUCGGUUUCUAUGACGACAGGCAGGCGUUUGGGAAAAGGUGCGGCUACAAGACGUCUGGCGAGAAGCACAGUUUACAGGUCAAUGUGGCAGCCCUGCCAAAUCCCAGUAAUGCCGCUGAUUUGUUUCUAGGUUAGCUUUCUGGAGGGGUAUUUCAAAUUACUAGAGAGUGAUAGGAGGCAUUGCUUACUAUGUCGCUCCCGAAAACGCCCUCAACGUCAACACCUGAGGGCAAAAAUGUGAAAAUCUCUGCAUCCAAGGAAGAGACAGGACUUCCUAAACUAAGGGAGAAAAAAAGUCUGGUGGAUCCGUCGAAACCCCUUCCUACUUCCCUUCAGAAUGAGUUCAUCCCUCAGGAAGUUCUACUUUCUCUGACCUAUACAGCCAAUGCUGGUCCUUGUCCUGAAAACUUACUGCCUCCUAAGAAAAUUAAAACCCCAAAGGGUACUCUUCCACGCCCUGUUGACCACGUUUGGCAUAACCCUAUUCGAAGAAAUAAGUUCAAAUAUCUGAUUGACCAUCCCGUUUCCCUAACGGGAGCUGGAAGGGAUAUUUCUUUUCUGUACGAUGUUAAAUAUGUUAAAGGAGAGACUAGGGAGAGCACAGUUUGUCCCCCACAAAUGGACCGUUCAUUACAGUCACGUGAUGGUGUCCUUGUGCCUCAUAAGCCAAAGAAACUAACAGAUACUUUGAUUCCUGAAGAAUUUCAUAUUGUGUCAAAUACAGGAGUUUCAGGUUUGGAGUGUUAUGAUGACAAAUAUACUACUCUCCUCACAGAUAGUGAAAAUAGACUAUUGCUCUUCCCAUCCAUGAAACCUAAUAAAAGAGUAGAAGUGGUCCAGCUGAAUGAUGUGAUGGAUGCUAUGCUAGAGAGGGCUGGUGUGGAAAAUCAGGCAUAUACAGGGCCAACCAAGAUGCACAAACUAUUUCAUAUAUUGAAGAAGGAACAGACCAUUUAUAAUAUAGUAUUUCAUGAACUUAUUCGACAAGUCAGUGUGGACUGUGCAGAUAGAGGAGAACUACUAUCCAAAAUCAGAGAGCGGUAUGUACAAAUGCUUGAUCAAAUUGCCUGGCAUAUGACUGACUUCUACAAAGACAUGGUAACUCAGCGAGUGAUGGACCAGCGCAUUUUAGAAGAACUGUACAAUUUUAAUAAUGUUAUUGAGGAACUGAUCAGGGAGCUGUGUUUGGUUCAGGCACAUGAUAUGAAAUUAACAAAGGAAGCAGAGAAGGCCCACAGAGCUUUGGCACAAGCUCUUUUAGACGCUGAAAAGAAUGCCAGAAUUGUAGAAGAAUAUCAUGACUUAUAUACGUUACAAAGAGGAAGGAUGGAGAGUGAUAUUGAACAGUUAAUGGCAGAAAGAGAUAUCUGGAGCUCAGCCACAUAUGAAUUGUCCGUAAAGGUAAUUGAAAGAAAUAAAGUCAUGUUGGCUAAAAGACUUUACCUCAAUGAAAAAGGCUGGAAUAAAUAUACUAAGCAUUUCAUCAUACUGCUGUCAACUAAGGACACUGCAGACGUUGCACUGUUGCAGAAGUUGACGGAGAAAUGGAGAAACUUAGUGAAUAAAUUUAAACAGGAAGUGGAAGAAAAUGAAGAGUCUACAAGAGAAAAAUUGCAAAGUGUUAAGGAUGGCCUUGUCAAAUGGCAGCAGUUCUUCAGAAAUAAUACUGGAAAAGACAUUCUAUCCCCUAGUAAAGAAAAUAGAUUUAAAUCAGUUGUUCAAGACUUCAAGCAGUGGCAAAAGAUGUUGACUGAAGAAAAAGACAAAUUUUCUGGGGAUCUUCUAAUGUCAAAAUAUGAUUGUCUCAAGAUAAUUAAACAUUUACAGGAAAGCUGGGCCGAAAUUGGGCUUGGGAUAUUUAGUCGCCAUAAAAGUAUGGAGGGAAAGUUACCACCAGAGCAGAAGCACAUGGAGGAAAUUGUGAAAAGUACAGGAAGACUCUACAAAGAAUUUGAAAUAAGAAUAAAUGGGGAUAAUGGUAUCUCUAAAAUUCUUCCAAGUUUGGUUAGUUCUCUUGAAUUCUGUUCUUUCAAGUUGAAAAGGCUGCUGGAGUUUCCUGAACUGCUUCUUGAAGAAUGGGAGGGACUUAAUGAAAAAAUUAAUGAAAUGAAAUCUCAGUUGGAUGCAUCGUUAACCGUUAUUGGUACUGUUCCGCAGUACAUAGAUGUGGAUUCUGGCUCGGUACUCCAAGCACAUAUAUUUAACAUGAUUCAGCAAUGGCUUUUGAAGAUAGGCAAUGAAGUUAACAAUGGUAACAUGGAACUUCAGCGCCAAAUGGAUGAAUUGCAUAUACCCAUGGUUCAAUGGAUGGUAAAUUUUCUGAUUUUAAUGGUACCUGACUUUCCUGAUCCAGAUACUCUCAUAAAGUUGGAGGAGGAAAGCGCUGAAAAACGUGACCUAGGAAUUGCCAAGUUGGAGCUAGAUGCGAUUGCCCUGGCAAAAAUGUUGUCCCGAUAUUCCAUCUAUUUGAGCAGUUGUUGCAAAGAGAUGGUAACAGCUAUGGCUCUGAGUAAAGCAGAUCACUUAGGAAAAAAUCCUACUAAGGAACUUAAUGAACUGGAUAAGAUGAAGAGAGAAUGUUAUGAGUGGAUCACCACAUGCUCUCACCUCCUUUCUGGUCUCAAAGGCAGGAAAAUAAAGUUACUGACACGUGAAGAAAAAUGGCACCUACUUGGAGAAGAGGAUACUGUAAAAGAAGUAACUACGCCUGAAACAGGCAAGCUUCUUAAAAAGGAUGAAGAAAAUAUGGAGGAUAAGAAACUUGAGGAGGAAAAGGAAGAAGAGAAAGCAGAAGAGAAACCUUCAACAUCUACAGAGAAGGAAAAACUCAUUCGAGUCAUUGGAGUAGACGGAAAUGUCCAUUCCCAACCUCUGUUUGGAACAGAUGUAUUGUCUUCUUGGAUCACUGAAGACCAAACUGUCCAGGUUCUCAUUGACCAUAAGACCUGGGGAGUAGACUAAGAUGCCAUCCAGAUGUACUUGCAAGUUCCUGGAGGUAAAGAAGAAUCACAUUCAUCCUAUGGGAUGGUGGCCGGACCACUGGACAGGUAGAAAGGGAUCACGAGGUACUCAAACAGAGGGCCCCUAAUUGUGCUAGGCAAGUGAAGACAAGGUUGAUCUUUGGAGAUGUUGGUACCCAGAGAAUGGAGAGUCCUUGACCUGGCUUGUGAGGUCAUAGAUUCGGGGCAGGAAGCGGAGCUGGGGGAAGUGCUAUCUUGAUUUGGACUGUACUGCAGGCUUCAUGGGGCAGGAAGGGCCUUGGCUCUGUGCUUCUUCCAUUCACAAAGACAUUGGGGCUCCCUGAGGGCAGUUUAAAGUUUCACUGUAAAAUUUUCUUUUGCUUUUGUUUGCUUGUUUGUUUUUCCUUUAUUUAAAAAAAAAAAAUUAUUUAUUUUUUUGACAGACACUUAGCCUCUGGCCCUAAGAACAUAAGCAACCAUUUAGCAAGGAUACAGAUCCAAGGCACCAGUCCUACUGGGCAGUGGCACUCUCUCUUUCUGGUCUGAAAACAACUCCCAAGAGGCAGUAUGUUUGAUUGACACUGGGGGAGGAAAGAGAAAAGGAAGGAAGGGAUAGGGAAGCAGAAACCUUGUGGUUUGCAGGUAUAACUUGUCUUGUCUCUGGGAGCUGAGUUAUAGAGCAGGAGAGCGCCAAGAGAUAGCUGGGUCCUGGGUUUCUAGUGAGAAGUAGCUCCAGACCACUGGGAGGCUAGGGACCUGAGCAUGGAGAAUUCCAGUUGCUCCUCGUAUCUCCUCCUUCAAAUGACUCCAGCACAGGAUUUUCUGGGGGUUGAGAUAUGAGUGAUAACAGGAGUAGUGGUGGUAAGUCACCACCACCUUGGACAGGCUAAUUGCUUGGCCUGCUAAACCAGGGCCUCAUUCAUAUCAUUACCUGAUGCCCUAGUGUCCCCCAUAACUAGGAGGAGAAGGGGUGAACUAUCAAUUAUUCCAAACUCUCCUCAAUUCGCUGGAAAUUAGGACUUUGUGGGAAUUCCUGAAGACCAUACUUAAAGCAGGAACCGUGUACAAAGCUUGGCCUGCUGUGCCUGUUUCAGGCAAUACCCAAUUUGACACUUGCCUGAUUCACUGGUGAAUCAAGUGACCCCAGUAAGCAGCAUUGACUCUGCCUCUGCUCAUCCUGGGGAAAGGCCGCUCUGCCUUCAGGUGCAGCCCAGUUUAAUCAGGUCUGAGAUCCUGUUGCAGGGCACCCCUUGUGGCCCUCUCUGAACUGGACUCAUUCCAAAGUUGUCCCUGGAGGAGAAGCAGCUGAGCUCUAACACUGCAACCGAAUGGUGGAGGUAUGGGGUGACUAAAUUCAGCAGGCUCUCCCUGAGGCUACCCAAAGUGCUCAGAGCUACCGUGGACCCUAAGCACUGCCGCCUGGCUGCAUGAGUUGGGUUGCCUACAGCUCAGCUACUUUAACAAGCAAGAUGUUAGAAACCAUCUCUUUUAGGCCUGUCUUCAAACCAUAGGUCCUGGCUGUCUGUAAAGAGUUGUAAGUAUGAGGAAAAUGGGAGAUUUUGCUGGAUCACCUAUGAACUCCUUUGGAAGGGAGAGUAGGGGCCAGACUUGGGGGAUCAGCAGUAUUUUUUCACCAAGCUGAAGGAGGCCCUUAGAAGCCUGUGUUUUCCUCCCACAAUACCAUGUACCCCAGGCAUAGGUAUUAAGAGCAGUAACUAACUUACCCAUCUUAUAACAGCAACAGGGAAGAGUCCUUGGAAUUGGUGGUUCCAGAAAAUAUGUCCAAAGGUGACAGGGCCACUGUGGCUGGCUAGGAGUUCAGUACUGAGUGUUGGAUUCCAAGCAACUGGGUCUACAGCCAGAUCCUCCCUGCGAUAGGCUCAAGCCAGAGCUAUUAGUCCAAUCUAAAGUCCAUUAAUAGAGUCAAACCUCAGGAAGACCAAGCCAAAAAGGCCAAAGGCAUAAUUAGAGUCAGAGAGAGAGACUAGCUCCAAGCUACAGCAGGUUGGCACGAACAAGAAAGGUCUAAUGCGAUUGCUUCCAAGAGCCGUGCGGCCCACGUUUGUCUCUAUUAUACAGCAGGUAAAAGAGCAUAAAAGCCAGAGGAAGCUUCAAAAUAUGAGAAGAGGGCCCAAGGCAGUAUCUGUGAUAAGCCUUGAGGCAUCUGUGUCGGUACAUGGGUGAUGCAGGGAAGGUUGUCACCUGGCAUACAUAGAGGAGGCCAUAAUUCUAGAAACCCAACGUCCAGCAUUUUGGACCAUGGGAAUUUCCUGCUGGAGGGUUUGAAAUGGACCACAGAACAUUAAUCUGUACUUGCUGGUGUCAAAACAGAGGGAUGUUUUCCUCGCACACUGUAACUAAAUAUCUAUCUGUUGAAUUAGUAGAGAGUCGGAAGGCUCAAAUGUAUACAGUUAGCAGAGUACAGUCCUGGUUUACUUUGGUUUCCACCUACAGUUAAAACUGUUUCAUGCAGCUAUAUAAAUCAUGUGUGGAACUGCAUUUCCAGAUGCCUCUGCUCUGAAAGCCUUUCUUUUGGAUUCAAAGAACAAAUAAAUUAGUAGUAUGUGCUGUAUAGGCACUGCCACAUCACAGGUUGCUGGUCCAGGCUGAACAAUGACAGCAUUUACUUCCCAAACAAACUGCCCAGAGGGGAAGCAAAACAGAAAGAGGAAAAUAUGUGACUGGGAAAAUAAGAAGAGAGUAAAAGAGCUAGAGUAAAAGUGAAAAUGUUUGAUACAGUUUCUUUUCGCUGGUUCGCUUUUAGAAACAGCAAGCAUAGUGCAACGGAAUGUGUGAUUGAGGAUGGAGAGGCCUAGAUGAGGGUUUUGCUUUAAUCAGCUAGAUCAUUCUGUGAUUAUGGCAGGCUGCCUAUCCUCUUAGAUCUCCCUUUCCAUCUGUAAGGUGGGGUUUAACUUUUACUUGCCUCUGUUUGGGAAACAUGAAUAAAUGAGAUUUUUAAAAGUACACGGUUCUAGGAAAAUAUCUCAUAAUAUUCAUUUUAAAAUAUGCUUAUAGUUUUUGUCUUCUAAAUUUUCUCUUUUGUCUUCCUCUUAUUUUGUUUUCUGGAAUAUAGAGUCAAAAUAAGUAAAAGAGGUUUUGUUUUAUUUUUUUCAUAUUUUCUCUGCCUUGAUAUUUAUGAAGUUCCCUAAGGAACUGAAAGAUCUUAUUGAAUUUUGCAAUUUGCAAUUUGUUAUGUGCUUAAUGAAGUAAAUUAUUAAUAAGAUAAAUAUAGUUAAUUUCCUUGAUCUUUAACUUAAAGAAACAUGUUUACCCUUCUCUUUAUUUUUUAAACCUUUUCUUCUUUCCCUGCUUCUUUCUGUUGAUGUUGUUCUCCCUGCUUCUUCUUUACAACUCUAAUCAAAUUUAUGUCCACCAGAGUGUGAAUAAUUUGCAAGCUGGUAUGGUAUUUGGCCACAGGAAAUCCCUAUUCUUCUUUGGUAUUAAGAGUGUGCUUAGGGCUUCCCUGGUGGCGCAGUGGUUGAGAGUCCGCCUGCCGAUGCAGGGGACACGGGUUCGUGCCCCGGUCCGGGAGGAUCCCACAUGCCACGGAGCGGCUGGGCCCGUGAGCCAUGGCCGCUGAGCCUGCACGUCCGGAGCCUGUGCUCCACAACGGGAGAGGCCACAACAGUGAGAGGCCCACAUACCGCAAAAAAAAAAAAAAAGAGUGUGCUUAAUCAUGUGCUAUAUAAACAUGAAUAGUAGAAAAAGAAGGCUUGGUCCAGAACAUACUGAAGAAAGAGGCUAUUUAUCUUUGGGACCCUCAGUUCAUUCAUAGCACUACUUUCUU